UUUGGAGCCCGCGACUGGGCUGCGGCGGUGCGGCGGGUGCGGGAGGCGGUGUCGCGCCGCUCUGCGCUGGCAUCGGGGCCGGAGGCUGAGGCCGAGGCUGGCGCGGCGGGUUUGGGGGGCGCCGUCCUCCAGGCGACGAUGGGCAAAGAGGAGGAGGUUGCUCGGAUCGCCCGGAAACUGGACAAGAUGGUCAGCAAGAAGAGCGCGGAGGGGGCCUUGGAGCUGCUGCGGGAGCUGAAGGCGAUGCCUGUGACCCUGCAUCUGCUGCAGUCCACCCGUGUCGGGAUGUCCGUCAAUGCCCUGCGGAAGCAGAGCUCGGAUGAGGAUGUCAUCGGUCUGGCCAAGUCGCUCAUCAAAUCUUGGAAGAAGCUCCUGGAUACUUCUGAUGGCAAGGCUAGGGACAGGAGGAAGGGCACAGCCGUGCCCACGACAUCGAGGGACACAUCCAAGGCCCUCAACCCCAGCCGCAGGAAGUCUGAGUCUGAGCUGCCCAGGUGUCCCCCCAUGCCCAGGAUCACUACAUUUCCCCCGGUGCCGAUCACCUGUGACGUGGUCCGGACCAAGUGCCGGGAGAUGCUGACCGCUGCCCUGCGGACUGAGGAUGACCAUGUGACCGUGGGUGCAGACUACGUGUGCCUCUCGGCCCAGAUCGAAGAAUGCAUCUACCGUGACGUGGGGAACACAGACUUGAAGUACAAGAACCGUGUGCGCAGCCGCAUCGCCAACCUGAAGGACGCCAAGAACCCGGGGCUCCGGCGCAACGUGCUCUGCGGUGCCAUCACGCCCCAGCAGAUCGCGGUGAUGACGUCAGAGGAGAUGGCCAGUGAUGAGCUGAAGGAGAUCCGCAAGGCCAUGACCAAAGAGGCCAUCCGGGAGCACCAGAUGGCGCGGACAGGAGGCGCGCAGACGGACUUGUUCACCUGUGCCAGGUGCCACAAGAAAAGCUGCACCUACACGCAGGUGCAGACUCGCAGCUCUGACGAGCCCAUGACCACCUUUGUCGUCUGCAAUGAGUGUGGCAAUCGCUGGAAGUUCUGCUGAGCUGUGUGUGCGUGUCCUCCCCGCGCUGAGCCCAUGGCCAGCGCUGCCCUUCUGCCUGUUCAGCUUCUCUGGAGACCUGCAGUGCCCACCUGGCCUCCUCAGAGUCCCACCCUGCCCACAUUCCCCCGGCACUGUCCGCCCGCAAGUAUUAAACGUUUUCUUUUCGUCAU